AUGAAUUCAGCAAUAUUGGACAAUUAUCGGGUAAGCUUUUUAGUUAUUUUUUCCCAAAAUUGGGGCUGACCUAAAAUUUUCAUCGUAUUAUAUUCAAAGUUUUAAUUUUAGAAGGGAGCAAAUGUUCGGUUUCGCGACGAAAAAUUGGUUUUCGUUGAAGGUGAACUGAUGGAUGAUUUGGAUGAGUGUCGGCGAGUUUUGAGAGUAAGAAUCCGGGAUAAGGUAAGUUUUAUUCGUUGUAAAGCAAAACACUUUUUGAAUAAUUAUUUUUACAGAUUGAGGAAAUUCAUUUUGCAUCAGUGGACGAAUUACCCCUUCUGCGAAACCCAGAAAUAUUCAUUGGAAAACAUGAUAUAAGUGAUUUAUUGUAUUUACACGAAGCUGGUGUUCUGAAUUCAUUGAAAAGAAGAUUCAUCGACCAAAAACAAGUGUAUACCUAUUGCGGAAAAAUCCUACUUUCAGUCAAUCCAUAUGAAAAAUGUAAAGAUCUUUAUGGAAUAAAUGUGAUGAAAUUGUAUCAAGAUACUGCGAUGAAAGUUAGCGAAAAAUCUCCACCGCAUGUUUAUCAAUUGAUCGCAGGAGCUGUUUAUUAUCUAAGAACCUUUUCCGAAUCUCAAUCAAUCGUCUGCUUAGGAGAAUCUGGAGCUGGCAAAACAGUAACGACUUCACAUAUCUUGGAGUAUUUAGCGCACUCGACUUCAAAUACAACAGAUGAUAUUGGAAUCGAAUCAAUUGCGUCAUUCAAUGAGAUAAUCGAAAGUCUUGGUAAUGCACAAACCACUCAAAAUCGAAAUUCAUCUCGCUUCGGGAAAUUUAUUCAAGGGAAAUUCUGUGAUGAUGGAAGAAUUGUGUCAGGAAUGAAUAUUACAACAUAUUUAUUGGAGAAAAGUCGGCUGGUGAUACAAGGUCCAGGAGAGAGAAGUUUCAACAUCUUCUACCAGAUGUGUUCUUCAAAAAAUCAUGAUUUGGUUAAAGAAUUGAAUUUGGAAAAUUAUCAAGAUUAUUGCUACCUUGUGAAAGGCGGAGAAAGCCGGAGUGCUGAAAUUGAUGAAAUAAAUGGAUUUGAUGGUUUUGUAACUGCACUUCGCAAGCUCGUAUGCGAUGAUAAAGAAAUCACAAAUUAUUGCAAAGUUUUGGCUGGUAUUUUGCAAAUCGGCAACAUAUGUUUUGAUCUCAAAGAUGGUUUCUCUAUAAUAUCGGUGAGUUCUUAUUUUUCGAAAUAAUAAUCAAAUUUUCUUUUUAGCCCUCUUCGUCUGCCCAAAUCGAGAAACUGUGCUCUUAUUGGAAUGUUGAUGAAAAUGAAUUUCGAAGUUGCUUAACUCAGAAAAAGGUUAAAGUCGGAAGUGAAGAAUUCUCAAAAUAUUUGACAAUUGAUGAAGCAAUUCGAUCACGCGAUGCUCUCGCAAAACAUGUCUACCAUCAUUAUUUCAAUUUCAUGGUCAUGCAAAUCAAUGAAGCACUCAACAAGAAAAUAACAUCAAUUUCAACGAAAAAUACGAUUGGAAUAUUGGAUAUAUACGGCUUCGAAGUUUUUGAUGUCAAUUCAUUCGAGCAGUUUUGCAUAAAUUUUGCUAAUGAAAAACUUCAGCAACAGUACAAUCAUCAAAUUUUCAAGCAAGCUCAACAAGAAUAUGCAAGGGAAGGAAUCAAAUAUAUCCACAUUGAAUUUCCCGAUAAUCAAGAUACAAUCGAUUUAUUUGAAGCGUCAAUCGGAUUGAUAACAUUACUCGAUGAGCAAUGUAAAUUAGCAUAUAAUUUUAUUUACAUUAUUUUUUAUUUUUCAGCUUGA